AUGGCAACCCCCGGAUUGCUCUACGUGACUAUGCAGCCGAAGCCUGGCUUGGCUCUUGAGCAGUUCCACGAAUGGUACAACAACGAGCACGGCCCAACUCGCCUGCGGCUUCCCCAAAUCUUCACCAACGGCCUGCGAUACCGCGCCACCGACGCCAAGGAGCCCUCCUUCCUCGCUCUCUACGACGUCACCUCCAUGUCCCACCUCGAAACGCCCACCUACACCACUCUUCGAGCGAACCGUUCCGCCCGCGAGGCAGCCACCAUCGCCCAAGUCGACGUCACGAGGUAUUUCUACGACCUGGUUUACGAGCAAGAGGCCCCUCUGUUCCUGCCCAUCGAGCAGCUCUCCGACAAGGAGGCCGAGGGAAUCGAGCUGGUCGCUGUCGAGACCGUCCUCAAGGACGAAUCCGCCGAGACGGACUUCAAGAAAUGGUAUAGCGAAGAACACAUCCCUAUGCUGUCCAAGGUCCCCGGCUGGCUAAGGACCCGCCUCUUUAAGAUCUCAUCGGUCGGCGACGGCGCCGGAACCAAGACUUCCUACCUCGGACUGCACGACUAUGCCCGCACGAAUGGCCUGGGUGGUCCGGAGCACAAGGCCUCCAUGACCACUCCUUGGGGAGCUGAGAUUGCCAAAACCGUCACGGCCAAGAACCGCCGCACCUACUCGCUCUUCUACGUCUUCGGCCCUGCUCCUCGCGACCUGUCCAAUCUGGCCAAGCUUCCAGCCUCGGCCUCCACAUUUACCGCUCCGGACGGCAAGACCACCACUAUUCCCGGAGACGACGAGGUCAUCAGCUCGUAUAUCACGGCCGAGGACCAACUGUCCAUUCCAUACAGACUAGAGGGAAGCGCCAAAGAUGACGCGCCAACCGUCGCCUUUUGUAACUCGCUGCUGACAUCGCUGCACAUGUGGGACCCCGUCGUCAAGAUUCUGAAGGAGCAGCGCCCCGACUUGCGCAUCUUACGGUACGACACGCGUGGCCGCCACUCGAUUCCCAGUCCGCCUGUGCCGGCUACUCUGGAUCUCCUUGCUUCCGACCUGCGUACUGUUCUUGAUGCGUUGCGCAUCCCCAAGUUGCAUGCCUUGAUUGGAGUUUCCAUGGGAGGCGCGACGACCACUAACUUUGCCCUCAAGUACCCGAACCGGCUGAAGAAGUUCAUCGCCUGCGACUUCAACGUGACGUCCAGUGCCGCCAACACCCAAGCCUGGAAAGACCGCACCGCGUUGGCAGAAGAGGACGGCGGCGCCGGAAUUAAAACGCUGGCAGGGCAGACGGUGGGCCGGUGGUUUCACCCGGCAACGAUGGACAAGGAGAGCGUCGUCAACUCCAUGACGGAAAUGGUGGCAGGCAACAACGUUGAAGGUUUCAAGUAUAGUUGUCAGGCACUGUGGGACUACGACCUCAAGUCGGCGCUCAAGUCUUGUCAAGUUCCUGGACUGCUGGUCGUUGGUGACGGCGACGCCAAGGGCGCGCUUGUCAAGGCGAUGGACGGGUUCAAGGACUUGGUUGGAGACAACGGAGCGGAACUGAAGAUUGUGCCGAACGCUGGUCAUCUCCCCAUGUGGGAAGACCCUGCAGCGUUCUGGGAGGCCAUCCAGGGGUUUGUGUAA